AUGGAAUCCACCUCACCAACACCAAAUCUCCCAGCCAAGAUGCGCGCCUGGACACUCACCUCGUUCGGUCUCACCCUCUCCCCUUCUCACCCCCUUCCCGGCGUUGCCCCGUCAUCUUCCCCCUCUGCCACAUCGUCCACAACAACCCAACCACCACCCACACCAACUACACCCACAACCACAGGCACCAACCUCCUCCUCCGCAUAACCCACGCAUCCCUAAACCCCGUGGACCUGCACAUCCUCCGCCUCUUCCCCCCCUGGCUUCCCUUCCGUCGCAACCCCACCCCCGGCUUCGAUUUCUGCGGCCGCGUCGUCGCUGCCGGACCCGCUGUCAACACCGCCGAGUUUCAGCUGGGCGACGUGGUAGCCGGUGCUCUCUCAGCCAGUGACGUCUUCCAUGGUAAAGGUUCCCUCGCCGAGUUUCUCGUGGUUGAGAGCUCGCUGGUGUGUAAAGUGCCUGAUGUCUGGGGGGCAAGAGGGAAGGAAAUAAAGGGGGAAGAAACAGUCGGACUCUUUGGCAUCGCUGGCCAAACGGCCAUUUUGAUGGUCCAAACCGCCGGCGUCCCUCCAGACACCGAGGAAGGAUGGAAAGGCAAGCGGUGUCUGGUAAACGGCGCCAGCGGCGGUGUCGGGUCGAUCCUCGUCCAGAUCCUGAAAGGAAAGGGCGCGCAGGUAUGGGGAACCACCGGCUCUGCUGAGGGUGAGGAGCUGGUGAAAAAGUGUGGAGGGACGGUUAUUAAUUAUAAGACGUAUUCGCCUGUUACUGAAUUUUUGCAGAGGGUUUUUGGGGCGGAGGGGGACGAAAAGAAGCUGGAUUUCAUCUUUGACUGCGCCGGGGAUGAGUCGAUUUUUACGAAUUCGCCGGGGUAUUUGAAGGGCCAGGGCAAGUUUAUUAGUAUCGUUGGGGGACCGUCGCAGGGGAUUGUCCCGUAUGUGUUGCAUAAGUUAAGGCCGACGUGGCUGGGCGGUACGCCGAGGGAGUUUGAGUUGUUGUUGUUGUUACCCUCAAAAAAGACGGUGAGGGAGGUUGGCAAGUUGAUUAAGGAGGGGGUUAUUGAGAGGGGAGUGGUGGAUGGGGAUAAGGUUUGGGAAAUGGAGGAGUUGGUUGAGGCUUAUGAACGGUUGGGAAGUGGAAGGGCGAAGGGGAAGGUUGUUGUUAGGGUUGGGAAGUAG